UCCGCGGACUCCGCCCCUCCCUCUCCGCGCUCUUUAGGGCCCAGCGUCCCCGGUUGCACGUGUAGUUGUUGUGGUUCAACCUCCCUCACGUGGCCGCGGAUGUGCGCGCGCUACAGGUCCGCCUUCAAGAUGGCGGCGCCCACUGAAUGGGGUGGCGACCUGCUGAACCUCGACUGAUAGCCUGGACUGAUUGCCGUGGAGGUGUCUGCGGGGCCAUGGACCGGCCCGGGUUCACGGCUUCGCUGGUGGCUGGCGGGGUAGCAGGUGUCGCUGUUGACUUGAUAUUAUUUCCUCUGGAUACCAUUAAAACCAGGCUUCAGAGUCCACAAGGAUUUAAUAAGGCUGGUGGUUUUCAUGGAAUCUAUGCUGGCGUUCCUUCUGCUGCUAUUGGAUCCUUUCCUAAUGCUGCUGCUUUUUUUAUCACCUAUGAAUAUGUGAAAUGGUUUUUGCACACUGAUUCGUCUUCAUAUUUAAUGCCUGUGAAGCAUAUGUUGGCUGCCUCUGCUGGAGAAGUGGUUGCCUGCCUGAUACGAGUUCCUUCUGAAGUUGUUAAGCAGAGGGCACAGGUAUCUGCUUCUUCAAGAACGUUUCACAUUUUCUCUAACAUCUUAUAUACAGAGGGCGUCCAAGGAUUAUAUCGAGGCUACAAAAGCACAGUUUUAAGAGAGAUUCCUUUCUCAUUGGUCCAGUUUCCCUUGUGGGAAUCCUUAAAAGCCCUGUGGUCCUGGAGGCAGGAUCAUGUGGUGGAUUGUUGGCAGUCAGCGGUCUGUGGAGCUUUUGCAGGUGGAUUUGCAGCUGCGGUCACCACGCCUCUGGAUGUGGCAAAAACAAGAAUCAUGUUGGCUAAGGCUGGUUCCAGCACCGCUAGUGGGAACGUACUGUCUGCACUGCACGGGGUCUGGCGGACGCAUGGGCUGUCAGGAUUAUUUGCAGGUGUCUUCCCUCGAAUGGCAGCCAUCAGUCUGGGAGGUUUCAUCUUUCUUGGUGCUUAUGAGCAAACCCGCAGCUUGCUGUUGGAAGUUGGCAGAGAGAGGCCCUGAAGCAGGGACGGUGCCGCCUGCUCGGCUCUCAAGAAAAAGGGUGCCAUGGGAGCAGCCGUGUGGUCCUCCGCCCCAGGCUCCAAUGUGUGAAGACGGGGACCUUGGGGACCUUGAGAAUGUCUUCCCCGCUGUCGUCUGGCUGGCACGCUCACAGGGAACGCAGGCCACAGCGGUACUCUCAACCCUGUCCUCAGUCCCCCGAAUAAAGCCAUGUGUUGAUGCUGA